AUUUAACGCACUCGUGUAUGGCGUGGGUAGCAAAUGAUGGAGAAUGAAAUAUUGAGAAGAGCAAACAAAUCUCUGGUGCCGACUGCCAGAUCCUCACAGCUUCAGCUUCAGCUUUAGCUUUGACUCUCGGAAUGGGAAAGAAACCCGUUAAGUACUGCGUGGUGGACGCGUUCACCGGGUCGGGGUUGAAGGGAAACCCGGCGGCAGCUUGUUUGUUGGAGGAUGAGAGAGAUGAAGAAUGGUUGCAAGCAGUUGCAAGUGAGUUCAACCUUCCCGUAACCUGUUACUUGACUCGGAUCACUCACCCCGAGUCGUGGGUUCAUCACUCAAACUCCUCGUCCAUAAACCCUCGCUUUCGCCUCAGAUGGUUCUCUCCUACGGUCGAGGUUAAACUCUGUGGCCAUGCAACCUUAGCAGCUUCACACUUUCUAUUCACAUCUGGUUUGGUAAAUGGAAAUGAAAUCGAGUUUAUGACACUAUCAGGAGUUUUGACUGCUAAAAGAAUUCCAGAAGUCAAACAAACACAUUCCUUGAACUUGAAGAACAAUAGUAGUGAAGAAUCACAGGAUUGUUUUUCAAUUGAGUUGGAUUUUCCGGUAGUCCCACUUGUUGAAUCCGAUUCUUCUACAGAGGAGGAGUUUCUAUCAAUUUCUAAAGCCUUGAAUGUUGCUUCCGUGAUUGACUUCAAGAAAACCGGUGCACAAGACCACAUUGUUGUGCUUGGAUUGGGAAAGACUGUAGCAGAUCUACAGCCCCAGUUCGACGAAAUACAAAAAUGUCCAGGAAGGGGACUCAUUGUUACAGGGCCUGCUCCUGCAGGAUCUGAUUUUGACUUUUUUAGUCGCUUUUUCUAUCCAAAAUUGGGAGUCAUGGAGGAUCAUGUUUGUGGGAGUGCACAUUGUGCCUUAGCAGUCUAUUGGUCUAAAAAGUUGGGGAAAAAUGAUUUUGUUGCAUAUGCGGCAUCACCAAGAGGUGGGACGCUAAACCUCCAUUUUGACGAAAAGAGACAGAGAGUGCUACUUAGAGGGAAAGCCAUCACUGUAAUGAAAGGUUGUCUUUUAAUUAUUUAGGAGCUAAGUUACCCCAUAUUUGCUUCUGUGAAAUGAGUCAAUUGAAAUAAAAGGCCACCGAGCAGCAACAACGACGACGACGACAAAAAAAAAAAAAAAAAAAAAAAAAAAAAAAAAAAAAAAAAAAAAAGGCCACUCGUGAACUACAUUUGAUUUUAUUUGAGAAUUAAUGUACUGUACUAUUUGCAUUUUGGUUCCUGUGUUUCCAAAAAGAUCUAUGGCUUUUUUAUUCAGAAUUGACACAUUAAAAAUGUGGAUAUUAAAAUGCCUGUCUUAACUCGAUGAAUAGAUGUAAUGAUGGGCCCUUCCCCCAAUUGAAACAUGAAUAUUGCAUGCAUGGAGA